AUGCUGGCAACCAGCACCCACGUUCUUUUCGUUCUCUUUUAUUAUUUUCUUCGACUGCCUUUUGCUGUCGGAGUUCUACAGACUGGAUUCAUCGACGACCAACAUGGAGAUUCUUUGUCUAAGGCCUCACUCAGAUUCACAGGUCCAUGGAACAGGGCCCCGCCAUGCCAGGGUUGCGCACUUCAGCCCAAUCCUGACCUCGCGUUUGGUGGAACGUGGACAGAUAUCACUCACCGCAAAGACAAAGACCCGGUCUCCUUUAUCGAAAUCACGUUUGUUGGGAUUGCAAUUGAUGUACUUUGUAUUAUACCCUACGAGUCGCCAUCAAAAGGGGUCGUUGUUACCUAUGAUCUGAAGAUCACAUUGGACGGCCUAUCUGUUGGGAGUGGGUUUUACAAUAAGCCAAGCAAUCUCACUGGGAAUAACUUCUUCUACAACGUCUCCGUGUUUUCUAUCGGUGGCUUGGAUAAUAAACCACAUAAGCUGGUCUUGAAUGCGACCUCCACGAGCCGGGAUUCUGUUGUUCUCUUUGACUAUGCGAAGUACAUAUAUGAUAAUGAGACGGUAAUCUCUUCAACUUCAGAAACCACGCCCGACCGUACCGCUCCUGUUAGCGGCAGUGGCAAGAGCGAGGCCGAUGUGAACAGUAACAGUAGUAACAACCCGAGUCAUAGAAACGCUACGAUUAUCGCAGUAGUAUCAGUACUCGCCACGCUCAUUCUGAUCACGCUCGCCGCACUAUUCAUUGUCUACGGUAGCCGCCGCUUCGGUUGGAGGCUUCAUCAACGCAAGCAGAAGCAAGAACCUUCAGACUUUGCCCCACAGAGCCGCCGCCAUCGUCCCCCCCCACCACCUCACUCUACUACCACCUCACUCUCGAAUCCAGAAAACGGAUUUUCAACCCGUAUACAGAGGUGGGCUACACAAGUGGCAGGACAUAAAUUGGUACAUCCAUUCUCCCCACCGUCUAACGUGCCCUCUACGUGUCGUUCGCAAGCCUCAAUUACACCGACACCACCGAGUCGGGACCGAUCACACCAAGAGAGGCACCCUCGUACUCAACAUCCACCCAGAAAAACGUGGGUUGUUUGUAAUCCGUCCUCUUCCUCGGAGGGCAGGUCCACACGAUAG